CCCAAACCCAAAACCAAUCAAAACCACACCUCGCCCGCUCGCGACGCCCAUGGCCAUGGCGCUGUGCGACGGCUCGGUGCCCAAUGGCGAGCGCUUCGAGGCUUGGGCACCGCGGAUGCUGCGGGCAGACGCGGGUCCCGUGGCGACGGUGAUGGAACUGCGGAAGACGAAGGAGCUGGGAAUCCAUGCGGUGGCCAGGUGUUCGAUCCAUCCGGAUGAUUUGAUCAUUUCAGAGCAGGCACUUCUGCGUCUGCCGCCACCCAGCGCCGAGGCGCAGCGCCUGCUGCGGGGCUUCGGCGAGCUCGGCGGCUUCUUGGCGCCGGCGCUGUGCGCCCCUUGGGCCACCACCUCCGCGGAGCAGCGGGAGGCCUGUUUGCAGCUCUUCUAUGCUCAUCCGGGCUCCGAAAAGAGGAGCCAAGGAACGCACCUGGCAGCGUGCGCAGAGCUUUUGCGCUGUUGGGCGCCAUUGAAGCACAGCAACUGGACGCCAGAGGAACUGCUGCAUUUUCUGCACAUCGUUGACCUGAAUAUUCACAAAGAUGAUGAGAGGCCGCAGAAUUCGGAGUUCACGGGGAUCUUCGUCUUUGGCUCCAAGUUCUCCCACAGCUGUGCGCCGAAUGCCGCAUGGUCCUUUGACCGGGAGGGACGCUUGCAGUACCGGGCUCUCUGUCCGAUUGCUGAGGGGGAUGUGCUGACCUUCUCCUAUGUGGGCAAUGGCAUGAAUCUCAUCACCAGCACCUUGCUUCGGCGAGAACGCCUGUCUGCACUUUGUUUCGUUUGCAGCUGCGCACGAUGUCAGGGCGCUGACAUGUCUCGGCGGCUGCCAUGUCCUCAAUGUGGAGGGAGCUGCUAUCCUUCUUACCCUCAGGUGGAUGAUGCCACUUUGGCAGGGAGCUCACGUGACUUAAUUCAGGAUGCAAACAUUUGGAAGUGUGAGAGCUGCAAGGCAGAUGUCAAGGCAAGUGAUCUGCCACUGGAAGCAGAAGAGGAGUUGACGGAACUGGUGCCUCGCUUCAUGCAGGGCGAUCCCAGCUCGGCUCGAGAAGAUGCGGAGCGCUUGUGGCAGCUGCGGCAGAAAGCGGCUGCGGUCUUGUCGAAAAACCAUUGGACCUGGUUCUUGGCAACAUUCGCAUGGCUGCAGAAGUGCCUCCUCUGCCUGCGGAACGCGCCGAUCGUCGCCUUCUCAGAGAGGGACCUCUGCACCGCGAGCACCGAAGCGGCGCGGUGGUUGGAGUCCGCGGCGCCGGAGAACAUGGAGCAGCGGCUUUGUGCCUUGUUCUUGGCAGCGCGCUUGGCUCAACACCUGGGAUGCGGACUGACCCGUUGGGGCUACGACAUCGAGAACCCCUUGCGGGAGCCGCCCAGUGACCGCGGCUUCGUGGCGCUCAGGAAGCUGGAGCUGAUGGGUUGGGAACUCAGGGAGACCUGUACCAUUGGACCGGGCUCGGAGAGAGAUCUGGAUCCCAACCUGGCCCAGCGUCUACCCACGCCGCCCGGGCCACCGUUUGCCACUUCAGGGUGGGUUUGACAGAGUCCAACUGUCGGUCCGGGCCUGGCGUGGCCAAAGUGCCACUAGUCACGCGGACGGAACAAAGUGUUGCGUCGCUGUGCCAAAGUGUUGUCCUGUUGUGACAGUGGAGGUCGUUUCUGAAAUGAUUAGAUUAGAUUCGAUGAAUUGUUU